UUAAUUCAUGUCAUAUUUUGUGUUCUGUCUCAGGCCAUUAUAUUGGAGAAAUAGACAAAGGAAGCCCUGCGGAGCGAGGGGGACUGAAGAAUAUGGACAGACUAGUGGCCGUAAAUGGACAGGAAACAGAUAACUGCAGACAUGAACAGGUGGUGGAAAAAAUAUCACAGCAAGGAAACAAGUGCUCCCUCCUUGUGCUGGAUGCUGAAACAGAGAAAAUGUACAAAUUGGGUGGUGUUUCUCCACUUCUGUACUGGGAGGAAAUGAGAGGAUCUCCGCCCAGCUAUCCUGAGCAUGAAGCUGAAGCCACACCUGCUCCAGCGGCACCUGCUCCAGCGGCACCUGCUCCAGCAGAUGUGGACCACAAACCCAAACUGUGCCGGCUGGAGAAGACCGCUGCUGGAUUUGGUUUCCAUCUCAACGGCAUCCAGGGACUUCACGGACAGUACAUCAAAGAGGUAAAGGAAGAGGAUGCUGGAGAGAGCACUGACCAGGAAGAUCACGUCAAACCAGCGGUGGUAAAAGUUAAACUGCAGUUCUCCCAGUACCUCCGUCACUAUGGUGCG